CACAGCUGGUACAGGAGCUAGCAUGGUGGGGAAGAGAAUGUUGUUGCUAGCAGGCUUCCUUCUGCUGGGGUUCCUGCUCUCAGAGACCACCAAAAUUCUGACUGUAUCCUCACUGGGUGGAAGCCAUUAUCUACUGCUGGACCGGGUAUCUCAGAUUCUUCAAGAUCAUGGUCAUAAUGUCAGUAUGCUUCUUUAUGGAGAAGAAUUUUUAAUCCCAGACUUUGAAAAGAAUGAAAUUUCAUACAAAGUUAUCAGUUGGCUUCCACCUGAAGAUCAUAGAAAAGAUUUUAAUAACACUUUUGAUUUCUUUGUGACAGAAGCUUUGCAUGGCAGAGGAGCAUUUGACAACUUUGUAAAGUUAAUGAGACAACUGGGGAUUCGAUGCAGUGAUUUGCUAAGGAGAAGUGAUAUCAUGGAUUUCUUAAAAAAUGAGAACUUUGACCUGGUAUUUGUUGAAGCAUUUGACUUCUGUUCUUUCCUGGUUGCUGAGAAGCUUGGGAAGCCAUUUGUGUCGAUUCUGCCCACCCAGUUUGGCAGUGUGGACCAUGGGCUACCAAUUCCCGUGUCUUAUAUUCCAGUAUACCGUUCCUGGCUAACCGACCACAUGGACUUCUGGGGCAGAGUGAAGAAUUUUCUGAUGCUCUUUGAUUUCUCCAUAAAGCAAUGGCAAAUCCAGUCUACGUUUGACAACACCAUCAAGGAACAUUUCCCAGAAGGCUCUAGGCCAGUUUUGUCUCAUCUCCUAAAGAAAGCAGAGCUGUGGUUUGUUAACUCUGACUUUGCCCUUGAAUUUGCUCGGCCCCUGCUUCCCAACACUGUGUAUGUUGGAGGCUUAAUGGCCAGAGCUGUUAAACAAGUGCCACAAGAAUUUGAGAAUUUCAUUGCCAAGUUUGGAGACUCUGGUUUUGUCCUUGUGGCCCUGGGCUCCAUGGUGAGCAUCUGUCAGUCCCAAGAAGUUCUCAGGGAGAUGAACAGUGCCUUUGCUCAUCUGUCUCAAGGGGUGAUAUGGAAGUGUAAUCCUUCUCAUUGGCCCAAAGACGUCAAAUUGGCAGCAAAUGUGAAAAUUGUGGACUGGCUUCCUCAGAAUGACCUCUUGGCUCACCCACGGAUCCGUCUCUUUGUCACUCAUGGUGGAUUGAAUAGCAUAAUGGAGGCCAUCCAACAUGGUGUACCCAUGGUAGGGAUUCCUGUCCUUGGAGAACAGACUGAAAACCUGGUCCGAGUAGAAGCCAAAAAGUUUGGUGUCUCUAUCCAGUUAAAGAAGGUUAAGGCAAAGACAUUAGCUCUGAAGAUGAAGGAAGUCAUAGAAGACAAGAGGUACAAGUCAGCAGCAGUGGCCGCCAGCAUCAUCAGGCGCUCCCACCCCCUGACCCCUGCUCAGAGGCUGGUGGGCUGGAUCGACCACAUCCUCCAGACAGGGGGUGCGGCACACCUCAAGCCCCACGGCCUGCAGCAGCCAUGGCAUGAGCAGUACCUGCUGGACGUCUUCUUGUUCCUGCUGCUGGUCACCCUGGGCACCCUGUGGCUCUGUGGGAAGCUGGUGGGCAUGGUGGCCAGGUGGCUGUGUGGGGCCAGGAAGCUGAAGAAGGCCUGAUGGAGGUGCAGCCUUGACAGGUGUUUGGGGAGCCACUGGUUGUAGAAGGC